AUGCACGAAGUUAUCACGAUCUCGGUCGGCCCCCACGCCAACAACAUUGUGACGCAUUUCAAUAACCUCCAGGAAGACAAGCUGUACCUGGCGCCGUCGUUGGCGCAGAAUCCGAUCGACCCCAACGUUCACAUGGAGCCUGUGGCGGAGGGCUCCAGUUACACGUUUUACCCACGCACCAUCCAUUGGGAGUACCAGAAUGGGUAUGGUGCCCUGGCACAGUUUGGUGCUGAGGACAUCGAUAAGACGGGCUACGAGGUUGUUGAGCAGCCGCGUGUGGAAAAAAACAAGUACCAGGAACUGCUGGAUUCUGCACAGCCCACUAAAAGCGUGCUGGAAACGGACAAAGUGCGGUACUGGACGGAUUUUACGAGGGUGCUGUAUAAGCCACGGGGGCUUUUAAGUAUCAGGAACUGGGAAUACGAUUACAAGAGCCAGACGGGAUUUUUGAAGAUGCACCCAGAGAGAAAGUUUGAAGGUUAUGACGUGGGGGCAGCGGAAUAUAAAAACCAGCCGGACUUUGUCGACGAGACGUUGCGACAGACGAUAGAAAGAUGCGAUCUGGUGAAUGGCAUGAACCUAGUCACAGAAGUGGACUCAGCGUGGGGUGGGUUCUCGGACGAGUUACUGGCCGACAUAAGAGACGAGUAUGCAAAGACCAGUGUGCUCACGUGGAGUCUCACGUGGGACACCGAGCGACUGAGUUUUGAAAGGCUAGUAAGCCGUAUCCGCGCUAGUGUGGGGCUGAUGCGCAACUCCUCGCUAUACCUGCCGCUAAGCACGACGCCUCCGCUGCCCAAGUGGGCGGAUGCGGCAGACCUAUGGCACGUCUCAUCUCUCCAGUGCAUCCCGCUGGAGUUUGUCAACGGUCUGUUUGCCGCCAAGCCGGCGCUCCUGAUAGCCGAUUUUGUGAACGGCUUGAGCACGACGAGGGGCCAAAAUGUGGUGUGGGACAUAACCGCUGCACCCCAUGUUUUUAGUUGCCGCCAGGCGUACGGAAACAAGGGAGAUCAUUUUUUCGCCCAGACGGCAAUCACAAGAGGGGUAGCAACCAAAGUGGACUUUUCCAGUCUUGUCACCAACGGCACCUCGGCCAGACACUGUGUCGAGUACCGUUCGUCCGUCGCAUUCAACAGCGGUCUCGACAGCUUUCCUGCAGCCUUUAGCGAAGAGGAGGGACGCACCCCUGGUUUAUGCACCUUGGGAGUCACCAACGCGCCGCGCAGCUGGUUCAAACACAUGGCCGCGCUGGUGUCACGGCACUACCGAGGCGAUGAGCGCGAGGAGCUCAAGAACGAGCUCGAAACUAUGGGCGAGCAGUACGUGUGGGGGUAUGAGUCGGAUGACGACUAUUGA